AUGUCGGAUCUGUGGAGUCUGCGUCUUGAACACGAUACCGGCCGCCCACAAGACGACAAUCCCGACUCGAAUUGCAAUCUACGUGACUGGGCUGUCAUUCGUAUUUCAGGUGUACCGCGCAGUACUGUCAAGUGUGCAACGACCAGCACAUGUCGCGACCUGCAUGACGUCGGCGGUUCUAUACCUCACAUGACGCAUGCUCGCAUGCGGGUCGUAUGUGCCAUCACCCAAGCCACACUGGAUGGGAUUGGUCGAUAUUAUCUUCCUCUUGGGCUGUCUCCGUUCGAGAAGCGAGCACAGGGUUAUGAUAUGCAGGCCUUCAUUCAAGCCAUGCUCCUGGUUAUCUGA